UAUAUAGAUAAAUCAUAAUGAGCGCCAUCUUCGCAAUUCAUUGAAUAUACAAGUUCAAUUAUUUAAGGACAUAACAAUUUGCAAUUAGAUUCAAUUCUACUGUAAAUGUAAUCAAAUCUAAUAAAAAAGAUAAAAUUCAGGUUUUGUAUAUAAGAUAUAAAAACAAGUUCCAAAUUAUUAACAAUUUUUAAAGUGAUCGUUCCUACUGUUAUUAAAAUGGAUCGUCAUAACGAAUUGUUGCAAACUGACGAAGUGUACGCUAAUUGUAUAGAUAUGAUACAAAAUUCUGUCAUAAGAAUCCGACAAGAAAUAGUCCCAAUUAAAAAGUUCAUCGGUGAUCGUAAAAAGGAAAUCGUUAAGUUUAGUGCAAAGGCUAAUAAAUCCGAGCAGUACACGUUAGGGUGUACACGAGCCUUCUACGAGUACACGUUGAAGGAAUUGAUGAGCAUGGAAGAAGCAUGCGAGGAGUGCAUUCUAAAGUUAAAGACUGAUUUAUUAACUGCAACGAGGGAUCGCAUGCAACCACCGUCUUACCUGUCCAGCAAGGAAAUGAACAGAAGCUACGAAAUAUGUUGCGACGCAUUGAACCAGCCUAACGACAAAGUGUCCUGCUAUACUUGGGAAAAUAUACCCGAAUGGAAACUCGAGGACACUCGAAAUAUUAUAUCGAAACCACGAGAGCCCAUGAGGACUCAGUUCGACGAGUCCGAUUUGAAGUUCAAACAUGAUAUGGUCUACCUUAGGUCGCAAAUGCUCUCUUUACCAAAAAAACGAAUUGACUCAAGUGGUAAUGAAAUCAUUUCCGAGUCGAUCGACAGCUACGAAGACCGAUCAGCCGUCAAGCUUUCCUUGCAUCCAAAAGGUAUCAUGAAACUCCUGAACAGAAAAGAGGUAGUACAUCAUUCUGUCCUAGAGGAAUUAUCCAAGGUGGGAAGCUUGAAAUUCGUCGACGGCCAUCACAAGAAUUCCAACGUUUGGUUGAAGAUAUUGGACGUUUAUGGGAAUCAAUACGGAUCCAGAUGGAAUUUAAUUGUUCGCCCUCAAAUAGAACGUAUAAUAAAGAAACGUCAGAUACCGGUGUUACAUCUGAAACCGCGUGAAACUUUCAAUUUCCUAUCGAGCAUCAAGGGAAAUGAAACGGACAUCGUAUUGGAGAGGCAAGAUUUAAUCGAUCUGUUAGAAAAUAAAACGGAAGCCACUUGGCUGGAAAGCUGGGAAUUGCAAUUUCGUACGAUCGAAGGGGAGCAUAUAGCUGCGACCCUGAUACAAGCCCGAUGGCGUGGUUACGUGCUACGGAAAAUGAAACGAGAAUCAGAUCGCCUCUACAUAGCAGCAAGUUACCUAUGGUUCACCUGGAUGAACCUGAAGCAAAAAAAGGAGAUCCAUAAACGUUACUUGGAACAGAUGUUGAUCUCUUUACAAACCACACGAGAACUUUCCUUAAAAUUGAGCAAAGAAUUUGAUUCCAUGAUCUUACAACCCCAUGUCGUCAUCCACUUACCAUCCAUAGGGAAUCCUUUGGAGGUACGCCAGUCUUUCGAUCCGAUAACCUUUCGAAUUGUACAAAAUAUAUCAAGCUUAAGAAUAUCCAUGGUUCGUAACCCAAAAACAGAAAUAAUUUACAUUCUACCGGUGAAACCUACAGAAGACUUAUUAAUGAUGUACAGCGACUUCAUCGAAUCGAUGUCUCCCUCUGAAGAUGAUGCUAAAAGAAUCACAUUCAUAGCUCUGUCUCAGUUAGAAACCUUCAAGCAUCGUCCUAUAAACACCUCCAGAAUCCUCCAUUGUUCUGAAGAUACUUUGGAAGAGAUCAGAAAAAAGAUAGCCGGGAAAUCAGCUUACUUCUUACCCUGGCACGUUGACGAAUGCGAUAUGAGGCUGGCUGGCAGUCUGGGCAUCCCUCUGUUGAGUCCUGACAUGGAACUGCAACGUACGAUGUUGAAUUCAUCAAAAGUGGCCGAGAUGAUCGAGAAAUUUGGACUACUUCAGCCUAUACACGCUAGGGACAUAAAGGAUUAUAAGACUCUUUGCUCGACCAUGGCUGAUUUCAUUGUUCGCCACACGGAGGUCUGCAUAUGGCUGAUCAAAUUGAAUUAUGCGAUUCUGGAUAAACAUUCUGGGAUUUUUUUAAUUAAUCAUAUAAGUGUACCGUUUAUGCCACUGUUGAGGAAGGAAAGGGAGAAACAUGGUGACGCUUGGAUGGAGAGUCCCAGUCUGAGGGAGGAGUUUCAUCAGAAAUUAAUGGUACAUCUACCGAAGGUUGUUUCCUAUGUCACGCGACUGAUGAAAUCCUAUAAAUCUUGGAAAGAGUUCUAUAUGCAAAUUCAGAAGUAUGGGUGCUUGCUGCAAGCGAUUCCUAUGGAGAAAGAUUCGAACACCAUCUCGGUAUCGCUGUUCCUUUCUGGGAGAGCAACUGGGAAGCAGCCUAGGUGGAUUGGAACUGCUGAUAAGCUAAAUUUGGGUUUAGAAGCAAUUUCGACCUUCAUGUACAUGAUGCCACAAAGUUCGUUGGACAUCAAGAAACUAGAAAGCAGUGUUAAUAAAUUUGCAAUGGGAAUGCAGGACGAGGGUUACUUUGGUUAUUUAACCGUAGAUUGUUAUUGCUACACUAACAAGUUUGAUGAUAAAUUCGUGGUUUUGAUGCAAAAUGUGCGUCCCUGUUAUUCUUUUGUGCAAAGUUACAUUGAUUGGAUGAAAUUUGCGAUUGGAGGAGCAUACAACUCCCAGACAAAUCAGUUCAUCGCUGACGUACCUGUAAUCCCAGAUUCUCAAAGAAGAAAAUCCUCAAUUUUAUAUCCCCACAAAUCACCUGAAUGGAAUGAAACCAAAGAAAGAUGUGGCGUCAUAAUUGGACUAUUAUACGAUACAAGACUCUCUGGUUAUCGAUGGUCCCAACUUAGAAAUAUUUUCGCACAAUGUAAUAUCACGUUCGAUGCAAAAAAGAAGCAAGGUUCCAGUAUAAUUUUACACGACGACGAAAGCCGAAAUUUCGGUCUGAUGAUGGCUGCCAGUCCUAGCAUGGCAGUCACAUUAUCCACGCUACAUGAUCGUUUAGCGAAAAUAAAUGUAGCUCUUGCUACGAAAUCAAAGAGGAAAUAUGAGUCGAAUUUACCGUCGCUUAUCGAUUUCUUUGGUCGUUUGGCUGUUGACUAUGAAAAUUUAGCUCUCGAUGAGUGCAUACCCGCUAUAUAAAUUACCAUCUGUAAUUACUUCAUUAGCCUACUAAGAAAAAUAAAUAAAAUUUUCUAAACUAUUCAAAU